AUGCUGGACAAGAGAUGGGUGAGUCUUUGCAGAGCUGAUCCAGCUUAUGAGAGAGGUGCUUGGAGUUUUGUGAGGGCAGUGGCUGCAAAUACAGGACAGAUUGAUGUGAUCGUGUGCCCGUGUGUAGACUGUCUAAAUGUAGAUCGUCACUCAAGCAGUGAUGUAGUCGCACAUCUUGUGACAAGGGUAAUGGAUGAGGCUUACAAGCAUUGUAGGGAAUGGUAUCAUCAUGGAGAAGUGAACUCAAACUCUACAAGUGGAAGAGCAACGCAACAUUGGAAUGAUGAGACUGUUGGGCUGUAUAGAGCUACUGAGGAGUUUGAUGAUGAGCACGUUUCUUCUGAUAUUGCAGAGGGAGAAGAUAUUAAAGAAGAUGAGUUCUUAGCGAAGCUAGCAGAUGCAGAGACGCCGUUGUAUCGGUCAUGCCUAAACCAUAGCAAAUUAUCAGCUAUAGUCUCGCUAUUUAGACUUAAGACACAUAACGGCUGGUCUGACAAGAGCUUCAAUGAUCUUUUGGAGACGCUGCCUGAAAUGUUACCAGAGGACAAUGUGCACCAUACAUCACUGUACGAUGUCAAGAAGUUUCUGAAAUCAUUUGAUAUGGGGUAUCAGAAGAUACAUGCGUGUGUAAAUGACUGCUACUUGUUCAGAAAGCAAUACAAGAAGCUCGACAAUUGUCCUAAAUGCAAAGCUUCACGGUGGAAGGCUAAUAGGCACACGGGAGAAGUCAAGAAAAGUGUCCCAUAG